CCGUUAAAAAAUUUGCGCUGUUACAUUCCACAUUUUACAGCAUCUUGACCCGUGUUUCUCGUGGAUACAGCUUGGUGAACAUAAAAAAAAAAAAUCCGAGGAGAGGGGCGAUCUACUUUCAAAACUAAGUUUGCCGGCAUACCGCUAACAACACUGUUAUCGGAUCAGCGCGUUAUAUUUAUUUUGCCGACUCAUGCAACAUCGAUUCGGACGAGCGUUCAAUUAAACGAGAGUUAAUAUAAAGGGUUCUAUCCAUUGCAUGUAUCGGAGAUACACAGAACAGGAGAUGGCAGGCAAAGCAGCUAAGAAAUUAAACGUUGUCCUAUUUCUUGGAUCAACGAGAGAGGGGCGAUUUGGCCUGAGAGUAGCCAAAUUCGUUCAAAAGCAACUCGAAGCUAGGAAUUAUCAAGUUGAAUUAUUUGACCCUGUAGUCUUGAAGUUUCCUAUGUUGGAAAAGCCAACUCACUUUUACCAAGACAGGAGCAAAAUUCCCAAGUGGCUGUUGGAGUGUGAAGAAAAGAUAAAGGCUGCAGAUGCUUACGUAGUUGUGUCUGCAGAGUACAAUCACAGCAUCCCACCAGCCCUCAGCAACAUGCUGAACCACUUCCCUGGCAGCAUCUUUAGCUACAAGCCAAGUGCAAUAGUGACCUAUUCUAUGGGUAUCUAUGGCGGCAUGAGGGCAGCCAUGCAACUGAGGGCUUUCCUCAGUGAACUGGGCACACUGAGCGUCUCCAACAUCUUUGGCAUUCCUGAAGUACACAAGGCCCUAGAUGAGAAUGGCAAACCUCUGAACGACCACUUAGAUAAAGGAGCAGAUACCUUGCUAAAACAGUUGGACUGGAUGGCUUGGGCCAUGAAGAACCAUAGGGAUGCCCAGGGUGUACCAAAGUAAAAGUGUUUUUUUUUUUUUUUUUUUUUUUUUGACAUUUAACAAAAAUAUACAUUGGUGCUUUGUGAAAUUUUUUUGGUAAAAUGAUAAUAAAAUCAAAAACUGAAAUCUUGUGAGAAAUCUUGCGUUAAAUAUUUAAAUAUUCUAUUAAUUCUUAGUGUUUCACUUGUUAAUUCAUGAUUACAUUCUGUUGAUGCAAAUGUACUUAAGAUUUACAGAACACUUUAACUAUUCAAUAAAUGUAGUUAUAUUUUAUAGAAAUGCCAAGUUUUAUGUGCCAGAUUUUCAUUUUCAAUUUGUAUGUUUACUAAAUAGGAGUUUGUAUCAGAUUUAUAACAUUGUGUUAUAGUUAUGUUAUGAAGUCAUUAUGAUUAUUUAUAUGUUGCAGUACAAAUGUAAACAUCCUGUGUUCUUGUAUAUGUAAUUAGUAUAUACAUAUCUUAUAUAUGUGAUUAGCAUAAAAGUCAAAAUGCAAACAGCUAGUUUUGACACUUUGACUGUUCCUGUAUAGAUUUAUAUUAAUACAUUUAAAAACUUGACAAA